AUGCAUGCUGGUUCUUUUCCUGCAGUUGAGGAUGAAGAGACGCCUUCUGAACAGAGUGUGUCUGCAGGAGUGUCACAGAUGAGGACCCCCAGGGCAGGUUCAUCUCCUGAGAAGGCCCAGCCGUGUAAGAUGUGCAUCCCAGUUUUGAGAGACAUUUUGCACUUGGCUGAAGAGCAAGGAAAAAAUAGGGAGCAGAAAUCAUACACAUGUGGGGCAUGUGAGAAACAGUUCUAUUUCACUGCAAACCGUCAAGAGCACCAGAAGCAGCACAUUAGAGAGAAAGCCUUCAGCUGUGAUAUGGGGAGACCCGCAUUUUUCAAAAGCUGCACAAUCCAUGGAACAGGGAAUUUCUCUACCUACAUGGAGAUUGGGAACAACUCUGUGGCCAACAUGGAACUUCAGCCACAGGCCACUAAUACCAGGAAGAAACUGAACAACAGUAAGGAGUGUGAAGCUGUUUUUCACAGUGGACAAGGUCAUCACAGCUGGGGAGAAGGCAAGAAAGCCUCCAGCCACACAGAGAUACUAAUUCAGGAUGAGAGGUUCCUCACUACUGAAGGGUUUUGUGAGUUCAGAGAAUGUGGGAAAGCCUUCACCCAAAGAACUAACCUAUUCAGCAUGAGCAAGUUCACACUGGAGAAAGACCUUAUGAAUGCAGCCAUUAGAGUUAACCGUGGAGGAAUGCUCUAUGAUUGCAGUGAAUGUGGGAAAUCCUUUAGCCUAAGGAAGUACCUCAGAGCACAUAGGAAAACCCACAGUGGAGAAAAGCCUUAUGAAUACAAGGAAUGUGCUAAAUCUUUCAUCCAAAAGUGGAACUUAAUUGAACAUCAGAGAGUUCACACUGGAGAAAAACCUUAUCAAUGCACCCAAUGUGGAAAAUUUUUUGCCCGCAAAUCCAAUUUCCUUGCACAUCAGAGAGUUCACACUGGAGAAAGGCCUUAUGAGUGCAGUGAAUGUGGGAAAUCUUUCACUACUUGGUCGAUCCUUUGUAAUCAUCAGAGAAUUCACAGUGGAGAAAGACCUUUUGAGUGCAGUGAAUGUGGGAAAUUCUUUAGCCGAAAUGAACGACUCAGUGCCCAUAAUAAUGUUCACACUGGAGAAAAGCCUUAUGAGUGCAAUAAAUGUGGAAAAUUGUUUACGAGUAGGUCGAACCUUUGUAAUCAUUGGAGAGUUCACAGUGGAGUGAGGCCUUUCGAGUGCAGUGAAUGUGGGAAAUUCUUUAACCAAAAGGCACACCUCAAUUGUCAUACUAGAGUUCAUACUAGAGAAAGGCCUUAUGAGUGCAGUGAAUGUGGGAAAUCUUUUGUUGCUAGGAGUGGCCUCUGGUAUCAUCAGAGAGUUCACAGUGGAGAAAGGCCUUAUGACUGCAGUGAAUGUGGGAAAUCUUUUACUGCUAGGUCGAGCCUUCAUGAUCAUCAGAGAAUUCACACUGGAGAAAAGCCUUAUAAGUGCAGUGAAUUUGGGAAAAGUUUUUCUGGUAGCUCUAGCCUUCUUCGUCAUCAGAGAGUUCACAGUGGAGAAAGGCCUUAUGAGUGCAGUGAAUGUGGGCAGUCUUUUACUAGUUGAUCCUCUCUCUGUGAUCAUCACAGAGUUCACACUGGAGAAAGACCUUAUGGGUGCACUGAAUGUGGGAAAGCCUUUAAGCAAAGACAGCUCCUCUGCAUCCAUAGGAAAACCCACAGUGGAGAAAAGCCUUUUGAGUGCAAGGAAUGUGGUAAAUCUUUCAUCCAAAGGUGCCAUUUGAUUAAACGUCAGAGAGUUCACACUGAAGAAAGGGCCUUAUGAAUAUCGCAAACAUGGCUGGCAGUGACAUUGAAGGAGUUCCAGGUGGUAAGAGAGUGAGAAGAACCCGUGCAGCUAAUGGAACCUUUCUAGAGAGGAAACUGAGACACAGAGAUGAUGUGUCAUCUGUUUGUGAUCUCCCAGAAAUGGACAGGGAUCUGGGCUUCAAUGCCAGGUUGCCUGGUUCAGGAUAUCGGGAGUCUGGUCACUUCACUCCUCCCCUGCCCCCCACCCCCAGGUUUGGGGACUGAAAGAACACCUUGUCCAUACUGACAUUACUGUGCCCUGACCCCCACACCAGGAGACCUGCUCAUAUCCCAGCCCCAUGCUGAUGGACAGGAUUAUCUUUUCUCUGGGAACCAAUAUUGAUGACUUUCCUGUGACUGACUCCAUUUAUCUACCCAACCAAUCCAGUGCUGUGAUUCAGUUAUUAUUAUUGCCAUUUGUGAAAGAAGGGGUGUCCAGCUCAGAGAUGUUGAGGGACUUCCACAAGGACUCACUAAUGCCAGGCCUUUGAUGAGAGUGGUUCCUCUACACACUGCACCCGUCCACUAUCCUCUCUCCUGCCUCUCCAAGCAGGGCCUCCACUUGCUGUGACCUGACCAUGAACUACCCACAUCUGACAUCUGCAUCACUACCAGGGUCUCCAGCUUCAUUUUCACAAGUGCACAUCUCCCGGAAACACCCUCUUGCUUCGGAAGUUCUCCACAGGGACAGCAGCACUAAGCCAGGCACUCUGGACUGGGUCAUUGGUGUCACCCCAGAUUUGACACGGGCUCUACGGCCAUAUGCACUGAUUCAUUUCCAAGGUCCUGUCCUUCUUUACAUACCCACCUCAGGAUGUCCCUGUUGCCCUGUUAGUUAUGUGGUUGACCCGCUCACUGUUCUGGGCAGUGUGAGGGACACGGAAGGACUAAGAAUGUCCAGUGUGGCCCUACGUGGCCUGGUCUCCAAGCAUCCUCUUCCUAAGCCCUUGAUCCAUUGCCUCACUGUUCCUCCCAUCCCUCCAGAAGAAGUGUUAACUCACCAAAAUGAUGAUUGUUAAUUAGCAAGAACUUGCCCUCCCCUCCUUGGGACCCACACUUGAUCAACCUAUCUUAAAAGC